GAGUCAAAAAAAUUUAACUAUUAAUAUUUAUAGCUUACAACAAUUGGGUAAAGUAUACUUCUGUGAAUAAAAUGGAAACAUUUCCCUUUCUAUACCUGAUUUAUCCAAAAUUUGGAUGCUAUUUGUAAGUAUUCUUAAUUUAUGGUAAUACAGUUAUUUGCAUACGUUCAAUAAUAAUCUGCUUUCUUUUGUAACAGGUCACAAUUAGAUAUACUGAUUAUUUUACCAAGGCUUUAACUGAAUGAUAUAUUUUUGGAUAUGACCAAACUGCUUUGAGCAAUUUAGGUUGUCUUCAUAGAGCAAAUAAAAGGCCUCUUGGGAAGACUGGCUUGGUGCCUCAUCUACACAGUUCCCUUACAAGGUUCCUGAUCUUAUGGUAAGUAAAUAAUAUCACCUUAUGACACAUCCAGAAAUCUCCAAAUAUUCUGGGAACCUCAAAAAGAGAGGAAUUUGUGGAGCGGGGAGGGAUGUUGGUCAGUGUGAGAUCUGCUGCUGCUAGGGAGAGGAUCAUCAACAUCAGCACCAUGGUAGCUCAGCAGAAGAAACUUGAAGGCUAUGUGGGAUCUGCCAAUCUCCCAAAUCAAGUAUACAGAAAGUCAGUGAAGAGAGGUUUUGAAUUCACGUUUAUGAUAGUGGGUGAAUCUGGACUGGGAAAGCUGGCAUUAAUCAAUUCAUUAUUCCUCAGAGAUUUGUAUUCUCUAGAGUAUCCAGGUCCUUCUGAUAUAAUUAAAAAGACUGUACAGGUAGAACAAUCCAAAGUUUUAAUUAAAGAAGGUGGUGUUCAGUUACUGCUCACAAUAGUUGAUACCCCAGGAUUUGGAGAUGCAGUGGAUAACACCAAUUGCUGGCAGCCUGUUAUCGACUAUGUUGAUAGAAAAUUUGAGGACUACCUAUAUGCAGAAUCACGAUUGAACAGACAUCAAAUGCCGGGACUCUGGAAUGUUUUCAUUGAGGAUAAAUUGCUAUAAUAUGAUGCAAACUAUGCUUCUUUAUGAUCAAUUAUAAUA